UAUCUCGGUGCGCAUCGUCAGCAUCAGUUUGAAGUGAAAUCUGACAGCCGCUGCCUUGUCCGGUCCUCUUCCUCUCGUCUCUCUUCCUCUUUGGCGGCCAUCCCGUCUCGUUAAGAGGUACAACCCGGGAUUAGUGAGCUAAACUUCAUUCGGGACUGUGUGGGACCGCGUCUGGCCGCUGGCUUCUUCAACUUGGGGUGAAGAAAGACACGGGAAACUCCUCGGGAUUCUCCGUACACCGCGCGCUGAUCCGGACCUGCUGUUUGACGUGCUGAAGUGCUUCUUAAGGAGAAUUCUGGGGAGAUUUCUUACUCUUUCAUUCCUCAAGGAUGAAGCGGCACAGCAGACCUGUGUACUAAAACAGCUCCCACUUUCCAACUUCAAAUUCCAGUGUGAACCAUGAGCCAAGGUUGUGAGGGCCUGUUUCUAUCGUCCUGUUGUACAGUGAGGCAGUGAGCUCACGGUGGAUACAGCAUGCAUGUGUCGACAUAUCCCAUGAUGCACUCUGCCAGUCCCGGCCUGCUCCUCCUCAGCUUCCUGUUCCUUGCUGAUGCUGACUCACCCCCCAGAUUCACACGAACCCCAGAAGACCAAACAGGCGUCCAGGGGGGAGUGGCUUCCUUUGUGUGCCAAGCCAGUGGAGAUCCACAGCCCAAGAUCGUCUGGAACAAGAAAGGCAAGAAAGUCAGCAACCAGAGGUUUGAGGUAAUAGAGUUUGAUGACGGAUCUGGCUCGGUCCUGAGGAUCCAGCCUCUGAGGACCCCCAGAGACGAGGCCAUUUAUGAAUGUCAGGCGUCCAACUCAGUGGGAGAGAUUACUGCCUCCACCAGACUCAGUGUUUUACGAGAGGAUCAGCUGCCGCCGGGGUUUCCCACCAUCGACAUGGGUCCCCAGCUGAAGGUGGUGGAGCGUUCCCGGACUGCCACCAUGCUCUGUGCCGCGAGCGGCAACCCUGACCCAGAAAUUACCUGGUUCAAGGAUUUUCUGCCGGUCAACACAUCCAAUAACAACGGACGAAUCAAGCAGCUCCGCUCAGAGUCCUUUGGUGGCACGCCCAUACGAGGUGCCCUCCAGAUAGAAAUGAGUGAGGAGUCAGACCAGGGGAAGUAUGAGUGUGUGGCCACCAACAGCGAUGGGACACGCUACUCCACCCCGGCUAACCUCUAUGUCAGAGAGCUGCGAGAAGUGCGCCGCGUCCCCCCUCGCUUCUCCAUCCCGCCGGCCGACAGCGAGAUCAUGCCAGGGGGAAACGUCAACAUCACCUGCGUGGCGGUGGGCUCGCCCAUGCCGUACGUGAAGUGGAUGCUGGGAGCGGAGGAUCUGACACCCGAGGACGACAUGCCCAUCGGCCGCAACGUGCUGGAGCUGACAGACGUGCGCCAGUCCAACAAUUACACCUGCGUUGCCAUGUCAACGCUGGGGGUGAUUGAGGCAGUGGCACAAAUUAUUGUGAAAGCUCUGCCGAAGGCUCCUGGAACCCCCGUGGUGACGGAGAGGACUGCAACCAGCAUCACUCUCACCUGGGAUUCAGGAAACCCCGAACCUGUAUCGUACUAUAUCAUACAGCAUCGUGCCAAAAGCUCGGAGGACCCCUAUAAGGAGAUCGACGGCAUUGCCACAACACGCUACAGUGUGGGCGGCCUCAGCCCGUACUCACACUACGACUUUCGAGUGGCAGCUGUCAACACCAUUGGCCAAGGCCCCUCCAGCGAGGUGGUGGAGGCUCGCACCGCCGAGCAGGCCCCCUCCUCGCCUCCUCGACAGGUUAUAGGCCGGAUGCUGAGCGCCACGACGGCCAUGAUCCACUGGGAUGAACCGGAAGAACCAAACGGACAGGUGGUUGGCUACAGAGUGUACUACACCUCUGACAACACACUGCCAGUCAACCAGUGGGAGAAGCAGAUGGUGCGCAGCGUCAGCUUCAUCACCAUCCAGGAUUUGACUCCAAACAAAACCUACUACAUCCGAGUGCUGGCCUUCACCUCAGUAGGAGAUGGACCCUUAUCGCAGGACCUGCAGAUUAUUGCAAAGACUGGAGUUCCUUCCCAACCUUCCGAUUUUAAGGGUGAAGCCAAAUCUGAGACCAGCAUCCUGUUGUCCUGGGUGGCCCCCACACCCCAGGGGGGUCCUGACAACCAGAUCACAGGAUAUGAACUGGUUUACAGACGGGCUGAUGACUCAGAGGAGAAAAAAGUGAGCUUUGAGCCCACCACCUCCUAUCUGCUGAAAAACCUGAAGCCCUUUUCCACCUACACCUUCCAGCUGGCUGCCAAGAGCAAAAACGGCAUCGGGGCGUACACCAACGAAGUGUCCAUUGAAACGCCGCAAACACUUCCUUCAGCUCCCCCCCAGGACAUUACAUGCACUAGCUCCAGUUCUACCAGCGUUCUGGUAAGUUGGGCUCCGCCUCCCCCGGAGUUUCAAAACGGCGUCAUUACGGGAUACUCCAUCCAGUACUCCACGACCGAGGGCAACAAAACGUCCAAGAGCGUUGAGGGACUCGCUCCGGACAGUUCUCCGUAUCUGCUGGAAAACCUGGAAAAAUGGACUGAGUAUGGCAUAACAGUGCGGGCGCAAACUGAAGCCGGGGAUGGACCGGAGAGCUUACAGCUCCUUAUCCGCACCGAGGAAGAUGUUCCAAGUGGUCCUCCACGAGGGGUAGAGGCAGAGACUGUGAACGCCUCGGCCGUUGUGGUGAAAUGGCGAGCGCCGGCACCCGAACGGCAGCACGGUCAGGUCCGAGGAUACCAAGUCCACUAUGUGAGGAUGAACUACGGGGAGCCCCAGGGUCAGCCGCUCAUCAAGGACAUCCUCAUGGAUGACUCUCAGUGGGAAUACGAUGACUCAACCGAAUAUGAGGUGGUGCUCGGAGACCUGAAGGCGGACACUGCCUACUCUGUAUCGGUGGGGGCUUACACCGCCAAGGGCGAUGGUGCUCGCAGCAAGCCUGUCAGUGUGUGCACCGCCCUGCCGUUGCCUGAGAAACCCAAGCUGCUGGUGAGCGCCACUGAUUCAGGUACCGCUCUGCUUCAGUGGUACCCGCCGCCCAACCCGCCCACCCCGCUCCUGGGGUACCGCCUCACGUUCGGCCGCGUCGACGUCCUCCCCUUCACGGUGGUCGAGUUCCCCACCAAAGAAAACCGCUACACUGCCCAGGACAUCCACAAGGGAGCCAACUAUGAGUUCAGACUGUCUGCCCGGAACAAAAUGGGCUACGGAGAGGAGGCCGUCAAGGAGGUGACGACUCCAGAAGACACCCCGAGUGGAUACCCGGAAAAUAUCAUUGCUGAAGAGGCUUAUGCCACGUCGCUGCGGCUGGCCUGGAAAUCAGUCCCACUAAUCGAGCAAAAUGGGAAAAUCGUGAUGUACUCGGUGCUCUACAAGGACAUAAACAGUCGAGGGAAUGCCUCCGAGGUCAUGGUGCCCGCUCCGAUGUCCAGUGUUUUGUUGGAGGGUCUGAGUGCCGAUACUGUGUAUGAAGUCAGGGUGUGUGCGUUCACAGCUCUCGGUCCGGGGCCGUACAGCCCCAGUGUCCAGUUUAGGACGCAGCGGCUUGACCAAGUUUUCGCUACAAACUUCAGAGUGAAGGCGGCAAUGAAGAACUCGGUUCUGCUGUCCUGGGAGAUCCGAGACAAGAACCCUGCGCAGCCGUUUACUAUCCUGUAUGGAAAGGGUCAGUCUGUGGAGGUGGACGGCAAGCAGACUCAGAAGCUCAUCGGCGGCUUGGAGCCAGACACCCAGUACUCCUUUCUGCUAACCAACCGGGCCAACAGCGCCGGAGGCCUGCAGCACCGCGUGACCGCCACCACGGCUCCGGACAUCCUGAAAACCAAGCCGGCCGUCGUGGGGAAGACCAAUGCAGAUGGCAUGGUGACUGUGCAGCUACCAACUGUCCAAACCACAGCGAAAGUCAGAGGUUACUAUGUGGUGGUGGUGCCGCUGAAAAAGCAGAGAGGUGGGAAGUUCCUCAAUCCGUGGGACGAACCGGACCAGAUGAACAUGGAUGAGCUCCUCAAAGAGAUCAACAGGACCAGUGUGAGCCGGGCCCUUCGCAUCCGCCGGCAGGCCGGCCAGUCCGACCCCAGAGCCUACGUCAGCGCCCACUUUAAGACCCUCCCCCUGGAGUUCACGCUGGGCGACGGCCGCAACUACGGCGACUUCCGCAACCGUCCGCUGCUGAACGGACAGGAGUAUGUUUUCUUUGUGCUGGCGCUGCUGGACCUGUCUGAGAAUACCAUGUACGCCACAAGCCCCUACUCCGAUCCCGUAACCUCCUCGGAUGUGGACCCUCAGCCGAUCGUCGACGAGGAGGAGGGGCUGCUGUGGGUGGUGGGGCCCGUGCUGGCCGUCAUCUUCAUCGUCUGCAUUGUGAUUGCCAUUCUGCUCUUCAAGAGCAAACCAGACAGGAAAAGAGCCGAGGCUGAGGGACGGAAGGGCAGUUUCCCCUGCAGCAAAGCCAUGUCCUCCCACCAUCCCACUGAUCCGGUGGAGCUGCGCCGGAUCAACUUCCAAACGCCAGCAUAUCGUGUAUCAGUGUACCGAGGUUAUCGGCGUCUGUCAAGCAUGGCGAGUCACCCGCCCGUCCCCAUCUCCGAGCUGGCAGAUCACAUUGAGCGCCUCAAGGCGAACGACAAUCUCAAGUUCUCUCAAGAGUACGAGUCCAUCGACCCCGGCCAGCAGUUCACAUGGGAGAACUCCAACUUGGAGGUCAACAAACCAAAGAACCGCUACGCUAACGUCAUCGCCUACGAUCAUUCGAGGGUUAUACUCUCCGGCAUCGAGGGCGUACCGGGCAGCGACUACAUGAACGCUAACUACAUUGAUGGCUAUCGCCGUCAGAAUGCCUACAUCGCCACUCAGGGCUCCCUCCCCGAGACCUUCGGGGACUUCUGGAGGAUGGUGUGGGAGCAGCACACGGCCAACAUCAUCAUGAUGACCAAGCUGGAGGAGAAGUCACGGAUGCCCUCUUAUUUCUUCUCUAAGGUGAAGUGUGAUCAGUACUGGCCGACGCGCGGCACAGAGACCUACGGCCUCAUCCAGGUCACGCUGCUGGACACGGUGGAGCUGGCCACCUACUCCGUCAGGACCUUCGCUCUUUACAAGAGCGGCUCCAACGAGAAACGCGAGGUCCGCCACUUCCAGUUCACGGCCUGGCCGGACCACGGGGUGCCCGAGCACCCCACCCCCUUCCUGGCCUUCCUGCGCCGAGUCAAGGCCUGCAAUCCUCCCGACGCAGGACCCAUGGUUGUCCAUUGCAGUGCUGGAGUGGGCCGCACCGGCUGCUUCAUCGUCAUCGACGCCAUGACGGAGCGGAUCAAGCACGAGAAGACCAUCGACAUCUACGGCCACGUCACGUUAAUGCGCUCCCAGAGGAACUACAUGGUCCAGACGGAGGACCAGUACAUCUUCAUCCACGACGCGCUGCUGGAGGCGGUGACCUGCGGGAACACGGAGGUCCCCGCCCGCAACCUGUACUCCUACAUCCAGAGGCUCACGCAGAUCGAGCCCGGGGAGAACGUCACCGGCAUGGAGCUGGAGUUCAAGCGUCUGGCCAGUGCCAAGGCCCACACAUCGCGGUUCGUGAGUGCCAAUCUGCCAUGCAACAAGUUCAAGAACCGGCUGGUGAAUAUCAUGCCGUACGAGACGACGCGCGUGUGUCUACAGCCAAUCAGGGGAGUGGAGGGGUCGGACUACAUCAACGCCAGCUUCAUCGAUGGAUACAGGCAGCAGAAGGCCUAUAUAGCAACCCAAGGCCCGCUGGCGGAGACCACAGAGGAUUACUGGAGGAUGCUGUGGGAGCACAACUCCACCAUCGUUGUCAUGCUCACCAAACUGAGAGAAAUGGGACGGGAGAAAUGUCACCAGUACUGGCCGGCGGAGCGCUCAGCCAGGUACCAGUACUUCGUGGUGGAUCCCAUGGCGGAGUACAACAUGCCCCAGUACAUCCUCCGGGAGUUCAAGGUCACCGACGCCAGGGACGGCCAAUCGCGGACAGUCCGUCAGUUCCAGUUCACCGAUUGGCCGGAACAAGGAGUGCCAAAGUCAGGGGAAGGAUUCAUCGAUUUCAUUGGUCAGGUGCACAAAACUAAAGAACAAUUUGGCCAGGACGGUCCGAUUACUGUGCACUGCAGUGCUGGAGUUGGCAGGACUGGCGUGUUCAUCACCCUCAGUAUAGUCCUGGAGAGGAUGCGGUACGAGGGCGUGGUGGACAUCUUCCAGACGGUCAAGAUGCUGCGCACCCAGAGACCUGCCACCGUUCAGACAGAGGACCAGUACCAGUUCUGCUACCGAGCCAGUCUGGAGUACCUGGGAAGCUUUGAUCACUAUGCAACAUAAAGCCAGUGGCCGUCUCUCAUGCCACAUCCCAACUGAGUGCACUUAUCUAGGUAACACACCACCUGAGUAAAUGCACGUGGCUCCGAUGUGCAUCUGAAGAUUUUUUUUUUGCCGCCACAUGCAGAGUGAAGGGGGACCAUCCGGCUUUUCCCCCGUACCCAGAAACAGCACCUCUAACUGAGCCAUAGCAACCUGCUUGACAAGGGUGUUUCCUUCCACCCUCAGCCCAAACACACCCAUUGGUCAGUCUGAAGAAGCAACUUCAACCACUGCUCCAAUCAGAAUACUUGAUCGAAUACAGAUUUUUAUUGGUUCCAGUGCUUCUGUGAGCGCCCAGAUUGCUCUGCGUUGUUUGGGUGUGGAACUCUCACCUCAUCCACCACCAGUGUAGCAUCACCAACCUAAACACAGGACCCAGCUACAGUAUUUUUCUGUCACAGGAAAUAAUUUUUUCUUUUUUUUUUUUUUUUUUUUUUUAAUCACGAGGACUGUAUAGAAGGAGUCUAUAAAAUCCAUCUCAAUGGAAGAAAGAACUGGGACUUUUGAGCACCAGAGAAUUGCCAACAGGAGACUGAAAACACAGAGCACAUAGUAUUAAAAUGACAAAGAAAAAACAUCCAAAAAAAGGACACCAAGAAGUGGGGUUUUUUUCUUUCUUUUUCUUUUUUUUUUUUUUUUCUGUUUUGUUUUUUGGAAACAGACUCUCGUUUCCCGUGAAUGAAAAAGAAGAUAUUUCUACCAUAUAGUAAUAAACACCACCAGUUCAACCUUAUGCUUCACGAUUUAAGAUAAGGGAAGUUUAAGAGCGGUUUAAGAUGCGUACCACAAAUUAAGACAUUAAUUUAGUUUUUUAGAAAAAAAAAAUAUGUAUUAUGUUUUUUUAAAAAAAAAAAAAGAAAAAACCUGGGUAUUCCUUAUGGCACGUUCUGUUUUUUGACUCUGUCCCCACUGACCAUACAAAAGCAAAUCUGUAUUUUAUUUUAUUUUUUCUGUGUAUUCCAAUGAGCUGUAGCCAUUUUUAAGUGAUACUGUAAUGUUUGAAAUUGUACAAUCAAAUCUCUUGUGGAAAAUGUUCACAAUUCUAUGAAAAACGCCACCGUCGAGUGUCACUCUCACACUCUCUUUCAAAA